CUUUGUUCGUUGGGCCCUGAAGGCUUCCCGGCUCGCGCCCCCUCGGUCCCCUCCCCCAUUCAUUAAUUUCUAAUAAAACGGGAGCGAGGGGCCUGAACAGCCUUGGAGGAAUCUGGCACUUGUUUAAUCAGAUUGUCCGCCGUGUGACAACGUUCCGGUCGUUAGUUGCCGAAGGAGUUGCUACACAGAUCCUAUUCGACGAAUACACAUGACAGAAGCCGAAAAUGUCUGAUGAAUUUUCGUUGGCAGAUGCACUACCUGAACACUCCCCUGCCAAAACGUCUGCUGUGAGCAAUACAAAACCUGGCCAACCUCCUCAAGGCUGGCCAAGUUCCAACCCUUGGAAUAACCCAAGUGCUCCACCUUCUGUGCCAUCUGGACUCCCACCAAGUGCAACACCCUCCACUGUGCCUUUUGGACCAGCACCAACAGGAAUGUAUCCCUCUGUGCCUCCCACCGGACCACCUCCAGGACCCCCAGCACCCUUUCCUCCUUCUGGACCAUCAUGUCCCCCACCUGGUGGUCCUUAUCCAGCCCCAACCGUGCCAGGCCCUGGCCCCACGGGGCCAUAUCCUACACCAAAUAUGCCCUUUCCAGAGCUUCCAAGACCAUAUGGUGCACCCACAGAUCCAGCUGCUGCUGGUCCUUUAGGUCCAUGGGGAUCCAUGUCUUCUGGACCUUGGGCGCCUGGAAUGGGAGGGCAGUAUCCUACCCCUAAUAUGCCAUAUCCAUCUCCAGGGCCAUAUCCUGCACCCCCUCCCCAAGCACCAGGGGCAGCGCCACCUGUUCCAUGGGGCACUGUUCCACCAGGAGCCUGGGGACCACCAGCACCAUAUCCUGCCCCUGCAGGAUCAUAUCCCACACCAGGACUCUAUCCCACUCCCAACAAUCCUUUUCAAGUGCCUUCAGGACCUUCUGGUGCUCCACCGAUGCCUGGUGGCCCCCAUUCUUACCAUUAAGUUAAUGGACGAAGAGAGGACGCUUUGCUUUUUGAAGUACAUAUAUAUGCACAUGAAUGCAUAUAUAAAAAUUGCUGGUUUCACUAUUCUUAGAGGGCAUUCAUGAAAGAACAACUCUUGCACCUCUCAGAGAAGAUAUCUGCCUCUUGUACUUGGAUGUAUAGUACAUCUGAUGGAUACAAUCAGAUAAAAAUGUAAAAGUAAAUCAUUCAAAUGUGAUUUUUAUUCGGUUUUUAUUGAACGUUAAAGUGAUGAAGUAUAUUGAUAGCUCUUUGAUAUAAUUUGUUUUAAAAAGUUUUCGAUUUGAAAAAAAAAAAGUUUUCGAUUUGUUUAAAUUAUGAAACCACACAUUUAAAAACCUAAAAUGUGGGUUAUUGUUAGAAUCUGCAACCUCAUUGGCAAAUUAUUUCAAGUAUUUUUCUAUAAUCACUUUUUCCCCUAAAUAAACACACUUUUAAAACAAUCACAUUGUCAUAAUUUAAACAAAUGAUGCCUCUCAACAUCUUGAACUGCUCUGUCUAUAGGAUAAAUAAACCUGGUCCUCUUGAAGUUGUAGUUUGGAUAUAUAUUUUAAAGCUGUUGGUAAUUAUUGUCAGAUGUUGAGCUCAUUAGCCAGGCAGUGUUCAUUUUUAUCCUUGAGCUUUUAGUAAAAACUUUUCUUUGAUUUUGAGUUUUACCUGAUUUGCUUUUAUUUUUAGCCAGAUGGUCACACAGCUCUAAAAUCUGCCAUUUAUGAAAACUUUUUUCUUUUUAAUGCAGGCCAACAUGUGUGUAAAUUAUUAGAGAAUUGGUCAUCUCUGUAUUGCUUUGGAAUAGAUUUUGAGGUGUCAGUAUUGCUUUGGGAAGAACUCAAAGAAGGAAAUAAUUCUCUCCUUUGUCUUGAACCUCAAGCCAGAGGAAACCCUGGAAAUUGCUUCAUAGUGACAAGUAACUUGCAUUCCCCAUAAAAUCCUCUUCUGCCCAGAUCCUUCUGUGUAGAUCCCUCUCCUUCAGUUCUUUAGAAGGAGUACAUCCCUUAGUUUCUCCCUGAUAUGGAAAACUGGCACACUGUAGGGGUUGUUGUAAACACAUAUAGCAGUUAUGUUUCAAGAACUGUAGUCAUUUAGGCACGACUCUUCUCUAUACAAGUGCGAUCAAAAUGUGUAUGUCUUCAGAGUCUGAUUAAGCUGUGUCAUUGUCUUUUGCAUAGUUUCCUACAUCUGUUGUAAAGUGCUAUGGCUAACAGUUCAGUUCUGUUUGUUGACAGGUAAAUAGGUAGAAUUCGAGUGCCAUCCUUAAAAAUUACCCUCUAGCUCUAACACUGAAAAUAAUAAUAAGGUGUAAAUCUCUGCAAUUGCGUUGAAGGCAGUGUGUGACUGUUGCUUAAAUUAGUGUUGUUUGUAUCCACCAAAAUAGCCUGAGUAGCUUCUUGGCACUUUACCUUUAAAUCAGACUCUUAGAUUCUUAGAACUGACUAUGUUAUUUGUUAAUAACAUUUUGAAACUUUGAAUGUAUCCAUUGGGUUACUAAAAUAAGUUGUGAAUUUCUUGACUAGUAUAGGAGAGACUUAUGCUAGAGCUCUUGUUUUUGCUUAGAGAAAUAUUUAGAAGUUUGUUUCUCUUAUAGUUAAAAUGUCAGGAAUGCCAAAUGCUGCCAAUUUAAUGGUUUGAUAGCUACCUCUUUUUAAGAACGCAAGAUGGUCAUCUUUGAGAAGAACAUUCAGUGUUUAAGCUCCCUUUUAAGUAGAUGAUAGAGUCAAGCUUUCAGAAUUGAAACUGAUUUGUUUAGAUACUUUGAGACUGGGGAAUGUUGUUAGACAGCUCUUACUUAGUGGCACAAGCGGUCUUUUUUUUCUUUUGCUUCCUUGCAAGGACAAGCCCCAACGAUCUAUGACACUCUUGGAAUCUUUUGUCAGAGUAACCUCCCAUUUACAAAGCAGUAAGUAGCCUUAGAAGGUAUUUUAGCUUAAAUUAUCAGGCAAUUUCAGCUAACUGGAGGGAUAAGAGGAAAAGUGAGAUAGCAAAGAUAUUCUUUGUGGUUAUUUUGGUUGUGUUACAUUGGGACAAGUUCACAACUCUGGCUUUAGAUACAAUAUUUAAUGUAUGUAACACUAGAGAAUAGAGUUUGAUUAAGAGAAAUAGCACGUUUGGGAAUCUAAUUGUGGAGUCCAUUUAUGAGAUGAGAAAAUCUGCUGAAGAAUUUGAAGGACCAUGUAUCUGAGAUUUGGAAUUACUACUCCCAAUAAGUGUAUAAACUUAACUAGUGACCCAUACUGCCCAGUGUACCCUUUUCUUUGCUUUUCAAGGACUUUCCAAAUGAUAGUUGUGAGGUUUUUUGUUUUUUGUUUUUUUUAUAUAUAAGAAUGGAAAUCAAAGGGACUAGAAUUUGCUUUUAUAUUCCAUUUAGUUUCUUAGAGCAUUAUUUCUCAACUUGCAGGGGAGGUCUCGAUUCUUGUGAGUACUCCGGGACAAAUGUCUUUUUAGGUUCAGGGUAAAGUUAAAAGCAGAAGUUUUCUAGUGGAGUAAUGGGGGAAAGCAUGGGGGAAGGUUUGUCUGUUUACAAGGGAAUGGUGUUGCUUUUGAAACCAGUCCUAUUAGGCUGGCAUCAGUUUAGGGAAGAGCUUGUUUCCUAGAAAGUUUGUCUGGUCUUAGAAGAGAAGACUGUAUAGAAUAUGCUGAUACUUGGACUCUCUCAGAACAAGAACUUAAAGACAAAUUUGGUGGAGAGAAUUGAGAUAUAUUUGAGGAUUAGUGUUUCUGGAGUUGGAGUCUUAGGUUUUGACAUGUUAAACCAAAAAAUGACAAGGAAAAAUGAAAGUAAAGACUUUACGUCCUCAUCACACACGCAGUUCUCAAGAAUCAAGGCUCCUUAAAGGAGUGCUUGAAAUCCCUUGGCUUGUCUAUGCUGGACUCGGCCUGACGCCUUUUCAUGCUUUUGAACAAAAGAUGGCUGUUUAUAGCUCGAACUCCACAGCCCUGUUUGGUAUAAAGUAAUACAUUGAGUAUUCAGGAAUAGGCAAUAUAUUUGUUUAAUUACCCAAGGUCCUCCUUCCUUGUCAGUUUUCCUGUUUUCAUUAGAGAAUAAUAAAAGAGGAGAGAAGAAAGGGGGUGAAUUUUUGGCCUUCAUCUGGCACACCACUACAACAGAAUAUUGGCAUAUUUUCUAGGAAAGAAAGCCUGUUUUGCCAUAAAAUUUUACCUCACAAAUAAUAAGUGCUACCUAUUGUACUCAGUUGGACAGCUUUUGUAUAGAAGAACUAAACUCGGGCAGCCCAGGUGGCUCAGCGGUUUAGUGCCACCUUCGGCCCUGGGCCAGAUCCUGGAGACCCAGGAUCGAGUCCCGCGUCGGGCUCCCUGCAUGGAGCCUGCUUCUCCCUCUGCCUGUCUCUGCCCCUUCCUCUCUCCUUCUCUCUCUGUGUCUCAUGAAUAAAUUAAAAAAAAAAAAAAAAGAAGAGCUAAAAAAAUAAAUAAUAAAGAACUAAACUCUAGUCACGGUUCAAUUAAAAACAGUGACUCAUUUGCAUGUCAGUCAGUUGCCUAUACUUCGAAAUGAUUAGUGCCAAUGUCUUCCUCACCCUGAAUAAUCCAGUGCUAGCUUUAUAAAAUGCCACGGUUAUAAACCCUAGAAAUUAAACCUAAACACAGACCUUCAGAUGUUGGUUUUUUAAAAGCAUAAGGUUAAAUUCAGAUAAAUCAUACUGUUAUAGGUACUGUACUAUGCAUACAAAGAAAGUGAUGGGUAGCUUUCAGGAGAACUAAAAUUUAAUCUCAAUAAAGCAAUAUUUAGUACUGAAGACAGACACUUUUUAUUUUCAGAAUUCUGCCAAGUAAACUUAAAAUUGCCAACAAAAUAAUCAGUAUUAAAGAAAUGCCAUGCAAGCUUCUGGCUGUAGAAAACAGGAGAACUAUAUUCAUUCAACAGACACUUAAGUGAUCCCAGUGCUUUGCCAGAUUCCAGAGCUACAGAGAUGAAAGAGAAUGCCUGUCCCGCGGAUGCUUACAGUCUAGGGGCUGGCAUUACAGAAUUCAUUAGUACACCCAUUUUUGGUUUACCUAGAUAAACAUGUUAGUCUGCUGUUGGUGGAAAUUAGAGGCCAGCCUUUGGACAUUUUAAAGAGCAAAGUUUGGUAUACGUUUUUUCAAAGUAAGAAAUUAAUGCUUCUCAAGAUUGUAGUGUUUGUCAGUGCAACUGUUCAUGUGUGCAAAGUAACGGGAUUUUUUCCUCUUCUUCCCUGGAUGAAGGCACUUAAACUGCCUGUCACUGGUUAGCAGAUACUGAUUUGUUGCCAUUAAGUAAACUUGACUUCUUAUGCGUGCUCUAUAAAGGGUUUUUGUAUUUUUUCUUAAUAUUGUGAUUUUUUAAAUUGACCUAAUAAUGACAAAUUUAAUGUAUGUAAUUGUCUAUGCAUUUUAAGUUAAACUGCCUAAAAUGUGAUUUGAGACAUAGACAUUUGUUUGUAUUAUGAACUGUAAGCAAUCUGUUGGAGACGUUAGGUUUUAUCACCUGCUGCUGUAUUUGUAAACAAAGACAUAUGUUGCUUUAAGAAGUAAUUAUAAUUAGGAAUAGUCUAUGGAUGUGAUACUUGAUAUUUUUUAAGAUAAACUUGUUUGCUUUUGUGUAUCAUACCUGAAAACUUUUUUAAAAAAUGUAUUUUCAUGGUUUCA